ACGAACUCUCACUGCAGAUGAAAUUCAACAUGGCCUGAGCGACGUUAAAACAAAACAAGCCUUGGCGGAAAAAACUCGCAAUUGACGAAGAUUUUCGGCCGAUUUAAUCCACAAUCCGCCUGAUUUUACAUUAUAUUCAAAUACGGACUCACGGCGCGAUUAACCGCGCUGUCUGUGUGUGUAUUCGAGGCAGAGUUUUUGUUUAAUCGGGAAACGCCGCGACACUUCAUGACGAUUAUACAACAAAAACUUUAUUUUCACCACUAUUCGUUUAAAUUGAUUUAAAAUCUUUAUUAAACGUGCGAAAGACUAUAUUGGCGUUGUACUGCAAAAUCAGCUUAAAUCGCUCCGAAAAUAACUGUCAAAUUUAAUUGAAAGGAUUUAUUUAAUAUUUAAUAAAGAAUAAAACUCCAAGGAUAAAAUGGAUAAAAAGCAGCAUAAAUCCGACAAACAGUAUCAUCAUCGUCGUCGUCGUCAUCACCACCAGACCUCCAGCAGCAGCAGCAGCGGGGAGUCCGGCGGCAGCAGCCCGGCUCACGGUGCGCCCAAGGCGGCCAACGCCUUCGCCAACGACGGCAGCUUCAUGGAGAUGUUCAAGAAGAAGAUGGAGGAGGAGGAGCGGAGGAAGAGAGAGACUGAGGAAGAGGAGAAGAGUCCUGAACAGGCAGGACAGGCGCCACAGGACAAGAAGCCCUUUAACGUGACCAGCUUUGUGGGCAAGAGGAGAGGAGGUGCCCGGUUGGCUCUCAAGACAGGAAUGGUGGCCAAGAAACAGAAACUGGACUCCGAGGUGGAGGCAGGUAAAGGAGAUGCCUGGACUAAAUACAUGGCAGAAGUGAAAAAGUAUAAAGCUCAUCAGUGUGGAGACGAUGAUAAAACCCGACCGCUGGUCAAAUAGACUGAACUGCUUCCUGAACGCCAGCAGCUCUCCUCACUGCCACAUCACUCAUCAUAAACAUUAUUUCCCAUAUUCUUCCUCUCUGUCCUUUUGUUUUCAUUUAGAGCUGUUUCAGGGUUGAGUUUUAUCUUGUGCACCAUAUGUGAUGGUUUGUGGGAUUCUCAUUAUUUUUAAGAGGUUAUUUGCUGCAUAUUGUUUAGUCUAAUAGGACCUUGUUGAUACUUUGUAUUCUAGUUGUUUGGUACUUGAAUGUCACCUGAUCAAAGUUAAUGAUGAAAUUAAACUCAGUACCACACAA